AUGGGGCGGGGGCCGCACCACGAUGGCACGCGCCACGGGAAGGAUGGCCGCGGGAUUUUCCGAGGGAGGAGGGGUGCGACACGACCUUACGAAAACGUUGAUGGGUGCGGCAUUUGCUGCGGGGAUUGUUCAGGAGAUGUAGCGGACGCUUCUGCCGCUAGGGGCUAUGCCACUCGGGCACGUGACGCGCUACAGGAGAAGUGCAUUCGAUUGGCGUUUUGCAGGGCGUUCCCACACAACAACCGAGUGCGCGUGCACACCACGUUUCUCACCCUCGCUGGAGUUGAUUUCAUUCUGGUGGAACGCACCAUCACUGGCUGCGACGACGCGGUGUACCGUGCGAACCGCGACGUGUGGGAGCAUGUUCCUCGCGGUCAGGCCAGUGUCCUCAUUGCGGAUCCUGGGGAGGGUGCACCCCGCCUGGUGGCGACACUUCAGGGCCUGCGGAAGUUCGGUCACUUCGACGCGCCGUAUGGUGUGGAAUGCGGGACGCCUGUUGUGGCGGUGGCACUUGAAGCAAUCGACGGUGACUGCGGCCACGUCACGGCCUUCGCACACGACGGAGAGCGAUUCUGGCUGGUAGGAACCAAAGACGUGCACAUGCUAGUGCGCUUUGAUGUGCCAGAGGAGGAUCUUGCCCUUUACGGUGUGGAUGAGGGCGUCUCGUGGCGCGCUGCGGUUCCCAAACGUGUGGUGGGCGUCUGGCGAGACACGUUGCGUGCGCUGCCGGAGGGAAGGGCCGCUGCUCUGCAUGACUAUUUGGGCACUACGGGGCGCACCGCAUGCUUUGAUGGUAUUCUGCGGGAAUGUGGACACCUCGCCGACCACGGACCCCGUGAGACACUGAAGUUCUACGCCGUUACCUGCCGUGGUGCGACCCCGCAUGAAGGCCUCUGUGCCGAUCCCGCGAGCAGCAUGGCGGCACUGCAGUCCUUCGGUCUUGACGUUGUGACGCCGCAACCGGCAGUAGAGCUGGGGACAGACGAAUACGCAGUCCUGCGAGACGGCGUGGCGCGUCGUCUUAACUGUGAGGGUGCGGUGUUGUACGGCUGCAAUGAGGCGGGGGUUGUUGUGCGGAUGUGGAAGCAGCGGUCCCACGCAUACGCAAUGGAGCGUGCGGCGCAGGAGGCCAUCGUCACGCACCGUUUGUGCGGUGUGGCGCUCCGCUCGAGGCUCGCAGGCAAGCUCGCCGGGCUGCCAGAGGAGGUGCGCCGGUGCCUCGGCGACUGGGAAGCGGAACGCCUCGAAUAUCUUGUGCAGUUUGCAGCGUGGCUGCAUUUGACACGGCGGCAAACGGCGCGAACGGACCUUGGCGGGCUGCAGGACCUGCGCCGCCGAUGGAUCACGCUGCAAAACCAGUUCGCGCAAUGUGUCGCCGCCGAUGCGCACGUGCGGUCCCAAGUGAUGCACUACGAGCCGUCCGGUGACGACGCCGUCACCAGCGACCCCGACGCUGUCGUCUGCGUUGGUCCGCAGGGCUGCGGCAAGUCCACAUUCUCCCGCACCCUGUACGCUCUGCUGCGCCAGGCAGGGCUUUCGCCAUGUUGGAUCAACCAAGACGAGGCCGGCGGAGGGCGGCAGUUUCUUGACGCCAUUCGGCACGCGCAGCGAGGUGGCCACACACACCUUAUCAUUGACAAGAUGAACCUCGAUGAGGCCGCACGCGACGACUACGCCGAUCUCGGACUCAGGGCAUUGACAGUGGUGUGGUCACACCCCGACGGCACGGAUGCACUGGUGGACAUCUGCUUCGACCGAGUCCGUCGCCGUGGUUCUGCUCACCGCACUUUCAAGGCGGACAGAAGGGAAGGGCGGCGCGUGCGUCAAACGCUGCUGGACUGCGCGACGCGGUGCCGUCCGCCAACCGAGGGGCCGCUGAUUGAGGUAAGCGUGACAGACGACACUGCCACCAUUGCACGGCGCGUUUGGGCUGAACUUUCCGCACGUGGUUUGACGGACAUACCCGAAAUUGAGACACUCGACAUGGCGGCAGCAUUGGGCGUGGCGAACGCCUACGAGUCUUUUCUGUGCCGUUUCCCCCGCCACGUGGAGUAUGCCGCAAUUCAGAUUGCGUCACCCGAGCGGGUUCUCGAGCUUGUGCCGCCAGAGAUGCUGGCCGGCAAGAAGGUGCAGAAGGCCUUCCAUGUGACGACGCUGUACCUGGGUCGUGACGCCUGCAAGGACCCUGUCCUGCUGCAGCAGCUGGUGGGGCUGCUGGGCGAGUCCAUUGAGCUCACGCUGACGAGCGUUGCGUCUGAUCCGAAGGGGACGGCGAUCGCGGUGCGCAACGAGGGAGAGUUCCCCUGCGAAAAUGUUCAUCCACACAUCACCAUCGCGAACGCGCCGGGUGUUCCGCCUGUGUACAGCAACGAGCUGCUGGACGAUUCCCAUGCGGAUGACCCGUGCCGCACCGUCGUCAGUCUCCCCGCCGGCACACGCGUCACCGGGACAUUUGUCUUCAGGUAG